AAUCAGCCGCGAACUGCAAACGUUUACUCGUUAGCUAUACAAAAGUCAAAGCUAUUAUAAACAUUUAUUUUACAUAUAAGGCAAUAUGAUCACUGACCAGCCUGUUGAACCACACUGUAGUGGAAACAACUGUGACAAUUCGAUGCUAGAAGGAAAUGACCUAAGUAAAGGAGCACUGAACAGAACUCCAUUCACAAAAUUUAAGAAAGUACACUCCCGCUUCAAGUCACCCCUCCAAGUAUCCGAGAGUGCCAAAGUAAGCCCUGCAGAAGAAGCAGCAGAGCUAGAGAGAAAAAGAGAUGAGCUGGAUUUAGACAUAGCACAACUGGAGGCAGAGGGAUACAGAGUAGAGGAGCUGGAGCAUCAUAUUGAUAUGUUGCAUGAAUACAAUGAUAUCAAAGACACUGGACAAUCACUGCUGGGCCGUAUUGCUGCUCUGAGGGGGACCACCACACGAGAUCUCUACUCACAUUUUGGUCUUGAACUGGAUGACUGAAGAAAAAAAUGGAAAUGCGAUGUUGGGAAUGCUCCCUUACACCAGAGAAUGGGGGAUCAAAUCAGAGGACCAUAGCACCUAAUGAAUGGAAAGGCCUGAAGAUGUAACCCGAUGAACUUUGUGUUUUCCUUAAGCUAUCCCUUUUCUUUUUUAAUGUCCGUUCUUAGAAGCUUGCAGAAAAAUAUUGAAUUAAUGGCAGUUAUAACAAGAGGAGAAUAGACUCAGUCCAAACAUGCAUGCAUGCUAUUUAAAACGUGCCGACUAUUUAGGCCUUUAACUGAAGACAAUUAACAGUAUGUUGAUUACUUUUUUCCAACUCACUCCCUUCUAUGUUGUGCAAGAAUGUAAUGUUGUUGUGGCAGAACUUUAAAGGGAUGUUUUUUAUGUUUGUGAUUAUGUAAAUUCUGAAUGUAUUAAACAGAAAAGGCAGAUGGUGGGAUAGUAUUGUGUGGGCCUUUGUCACUUUUCUCAUUGAUAUUAGCAGAAAGGUUUUCCAAAUCCCACAGUGCUCUGUUUUACUAUGUUUAGGGAGUGAAUUCCAAAUGGCAUGAAAUGUUGCAGGAAAAUGUGUCUUUGCACUUCAGAUUUUCUAGUCAAAGCUCAUACUAAUAUCUUAUCCUGAUAAGUCCAUUAUCACUUAACUUACAUACGAGUCAUUAUAAUAUAUGUUGUUUGUUCAUGUACUAGAUGACAGGCUCAUAGGGUUUCAUUGUGCAUCAGAUUUGAUGUGAUCAGUCUUGUUGCAUUUACUGCUGGCCUGCUUGCAAAAUUUUUGCAAGAGUUUCUCAAUAGGUUUACCCCAGUUGAUUCAGACACUUUCAAAGCAGUUGGGACUCACAUUUCUUGACUUGCAUCAGUGAUUCGCAGCAUUUUGUUAUAGUAAACCUUCUGUAAUCUUUCCUGGUUAUGCAAUGUGCUUCAUGACAUGUCACAUUGCUGUUACACACUGUGUAAAAUGUCAACCUGGUAUUUUGCCGUCAUCUUAGACUGUAGGAUAUUUCUUUGUACGAUGUUGCAUCAUCAUAGCUAGA